UUGCCUGCCACUCUUACCGUAAUUCCAGUAAUUGUUAAAAAAACAAAACCUGUAAAUUUGGAGAGCGAAUGUAUUACUGUUCUUUUUGGACAUAGCCAUGAGGAGGAAGUACCUCUAAAAGCUUCUUAGCCGCUUCGGCAAGGAGCUGAAAACUUAUUUCAUAGAGAAAUUUCGUGAAUGUAUCCAUCCAGGGUUUGUGCUCUACUAACAGCUAAUCGUUGAAAAGAUUUGAAAAGUUGUUGUCUUUGGUGUUGGGUAGUUGAAAUUGCUGAUGGAGAUGAAUUUGGAGGAAAAAGUUCCAAAAAGUGAGCUUGUUUGUGAGAGAGAGGUGGGAAAUUGUAGCUGUAGUGAAUUGGAUGAGAGGAGCAAGAAAGCCGAAGCAAGGUUUCUGGAGCUGGAAUUGGAGGUUCUAAAGUGGAAAAGUGACUGUGAAGCACUUGAGAUUAGAUUUAGGACAUUAGAAGCCUCAAAGCUUGUACUUGAGGAUGAAGUCAAGGUUUUAAAGAGUCGGAAUAAAGAAGUCGGUGAUCUGAUUACUGAGAGCGACAAUGAAGAGAUAGUUGGUUAUGGAGGAAAAGGGGUGACAGAGCGAGUUGUUGAUUUGACUGAAGAGAAUGAGGAGGAAGAUAGGGUUUUUCAGCUGAUGACUGAGAAUAGGUUUUUGGAAUGUGAGAAGAAAGGCUGAAAUUGAGGCUAAGGUUUGGAAGCAAAAGUUCAAGGAAUUGGAAUCAUUGACGUUGCAGCUGCAAAAGAGCUUGGGUUUGAAAAGUGUACAACAGCCAUUUGAUGGAAAGACAUUUAAUGCAAAUUGUUGUAUCGUAGCUUGUGGGAACAAAACAAGUGGAGCAAUUAAAUCAAAAGAUGGAUCACAAGUUGGAACCACUUUAAACGACAUGCCAGCCAUAGACAUAGCAGCUAGUUUCAUGGAUUCUGGAUCGACUUUGAUUUCCCCUGGUAAAGGUACUGGAAAUCUACAACCAACAGGGACACCUUUUAAUGACACACCUUACAAGCAUUUUACUUCUGAUAAGGGAGAUUACAGAAUGCAGAGUAGUAAAUGUGUUAAAAGACAUUUGGUGUUUCAAGAGAAAAGAAGCCCCACUAAACAGAUGGCUCCAUCCACUCCAGCUGGUGUUAAACCUGCUUCAGUCGGCAUAAGUGAUAUUCAUGAUAGUGACGAUGAACCUGAUUUGGCCCACAACCAAAUACCUUCUACAAGUAAGUGGGAAAAUGGGGAUGGUAACAUUUCAACUAAUUAUGCAUUAGAAAGAACUGUGAAUGGUGAAAAUGAAACCAGGACGAUUAGUGAUCAGAACCAAAAGGAGAAAGUGGGUAGUUAUGCGGAUAAUGUUCCAUUUAUUUCAGUUCCCAAAUGAAAAUGUGCCUCUAAUAUUGUUACUAGUGACACAGAGAGUGACGAUGAUGAUAAUGUUCCGAUUGGUAAACUCAGGCAGAUGCGUUGUGACGAAUUGGUUCCUGAUCAAACAAACAUCAAAUCCAAAGGUUUUCUGGUGGCUGGUUCUCCCCCUGGGAUUGACGAUUUCAGAGGUACUUUAACUCCUCGAAAGUGGAGACUAGUAUCACUCAGACAAUCUGAAGGAAAAGUCCAAAAUUGCUCUUCAAGGAAGAACAGUGAAAGUAAAUUCUGCAAAGGAAUCCCUACAAUUGAGGAUGUUGAAGAUGACAAUUCAUAAGAGAUUGGGUCAGACAGUGAGACUAAUAGUCUGAAUGGUUUUAUUGUUGAUGACUCUGAUAUUGCUGAUGGUGAUGGUGGUUGUAGCGAGUCAAAAGAUGGUUCCGAUUGCAAUAAUGCUCAUAGUGAGCAAGAAGAUGUUUUAUGUGGCAGCAAUUCAUGUAGUAUCUCAAGAGAUGUUUCAGAGGAUGAAGUGGACUUUGAUGUGAUUCUCUCUCAGCUUAAAAGGAACAAGGAUCAUAAAUCAGUGUGGAACUUUGAGGGAGAGAUGCUUGCGGCCUUUGGCAAGGAUCCAGAACUGUGCAUGAAGGCUGUAUGUGCUCUCUACCGGCUACAAACAUCUGGGGAGAAACUUUGCAGGGCAACCUUGUGCCAAAAUCAGAGAGGUUUUACUAAAUUUGAGGCCCAAAGGUGUGGAUUUGAUUGUUUGUGGUCAUUAAUAACUUGUUAUCUGUUGACAGUGUUUUGAGAUUAGAUCACUGUCAUUUGCAUGCUCCCUUCAGUGUGUUGUUACAUAUUGCUUUACAUUUUAUUAGUAUAGAUGCGUGCACUUUUCGCCUUUAGUUGUUUGACCGUUUGUUGUAGGGUUUUCACUUUAUUUCAGUUUUUGUUCUGUUCUAUCCUAGGCAAAUUAGUACGAUGACGUAAAAGCAAAAAUAAAUCCCUGCUUCUAGCAUAUAGUUUUAUGGUUGCCACACUUCAUAAGAGUUGGCUGGCCAUCACGUAAGUAGAGUUUCAAAUUAGGUACUUUAAAGCAGCUGAAUUGUAUUUGCUGGAAUUUCUGUUGUGUCUUACGACUGGGGCUGUACUUUGGCAGAGGUUCUAACUGACGGUGAUCCACAAGGAGAUCUAAAGAAAUCUCUGAAGGAGUUGCAAGCGUACGAUCCAAAUGCAGUUGAGCUUUGCAGGAAAUUUGGCAACCCACUAUUCUAAGCAACUGUUUGAGAUCUACAACAGCAAAGAGGAUCCUUAUUUUUUUCCAUCUUAGGCGCCCUGCAACAAAUCAGUUCAAAGAUGUAUGAACCGAAAUCAAUAGCCGGGGAAUGUUGUUUAUGGUUAUUUUUCCGUUCUCUUAUAGGUACUAAGCUUGUAUCUUCUGGUGUUGCAUGUAACAUAUGUAAUUUGCCAAAACUCAUAACAUGCUAGCAUCAGUAAGCCUUCGAAUAUGUGUAUAGAACAUACGGCAAAUGUGUAUAAUCUUAAUCUCGUAUCUAAUAGUAGCUUAGAAGUUAUACUUUCUUUUGUAUUUUUGCUAAUGCUUUGGGCUUUAUGUUAAUCAAACUUGUUAGGAAUCUCUGCAGUUAGACAGCUGUGUAUCUUUGCCCUCCAGAAAAGAAAAGGGAAAAAGAAGUGAAAAUGAAGUAUUGCCCAUUAAACAACCUUAGUCGUGUAGAGUUAAGGUAUUAAUUCUUGAGUUCUGAUCACUGCAAAGAUAGAAGCUUGCUGAUUGUUUAGAACGCAGGCUGGAACUUGAAUGAAGGAGAUAGGCAGCACUCUUUUGAGUUUUGAUAACCAAAUUGGUUAUGAUGAACUCUGAAAUCUUUAAAUUUUGUGAUUCCAGUACUGCUCAAAUUUGUGAUUCCAAGUGCUUCUGGCGCAUUUAUAACUGCAAAUUAAUUAUUAUAAUGAUUAGUUUAAAUUUCUGGCGCAUUCAGUGGGAAAAAGAAAACGAAGAAAGAAGAACAAAGAACAAAUAUAAUUAU